CGCCCUCACGGCACACCACCAUGGAUCUCGAGAUGGGGACCAAGUCUCGCCAGAGAAAGUCGCCUCUUCCGCGUGGCUAUCCACCCCCGUCUUCGACGAUGCUUUUCGAUGACGACCCGGGCAUCAUGUCCGAGGUGGAGACCUCUAGCACGGGAUUUCGGCGAGGGGGCAAGCAAAGAAGCAGCCUACCCGUCGUACGAACACCCAGCAAGACUUUGGAGCGACCACUAGGACUGGUGUUCCUGCAGUAUAGGAACGAGACGAAGAGAGCGUUGCUGCCGAACGAGAUUACCAGUAUAGACACCGUCAAGGCUCUUUUCGUCAGAAGCUUUCCGAAACAACUCACUAUGGAAUACCUGGACAGUCCUCAUGUAAAAGUUUACAUACACGAUAGCAACAAGGACAUGUUCUACGAACUCGAAGAUCUAAGAUCACACCUGAGAGAUAUCAGGGAUCGCAGUGUCCUGAGACUUUUCGAGAGUGCCGAUGGAGUGACGGGGAUGCCGGGGCCCCUGGGGGUGCCAGGAGGCGGCGGCGGUCUGCCUCCCCAUUGGGAAGAUCAGAGCUACUUCAGCGAACCAGAAUUUGACAGCGAAUAUCAGCAUCAGCAUAUUCACAAGAGCAAGACUGCUAAGAACUCGACGUCCGGCAGUGGAUACUAUGUGGGUGGAAGCAGCACUCUGCCGCGUGGUGGGCCUCUUCUAAGGGCGUACAGUCCGGCGGCGUCGAGCGUCGGUCCAAGCGCGACCCCGACGCAGCCGAAAACUCUCACCACACCAGAUCGGCUACAUGGGGAAAGCGGAUACAUGAGCAGCCCCGAGCGUGGUGGCGGCGUCAGUUCCGGAAGCGGAAGAUAUCCACCCGGGCCUUACAGUGCCGGCAGCAGCUACGAGGAUCCAUAUUAUUCGCAAUAUUCGGGAACUGUUACGCCUGUCAUCGAUGAAGAAGCCAGCGAUACGGAGCUGUUGGAGGAAUCGUACAGCCUUUACGGCGUGAAACCAUCGGGGCGUCCGCCGUCUGGUCCCCCGCGGUCCCCGUUUCCUCCGGGGGCGCCGCCACCCCUGCCACCCGGCGGACAGGGCUACGACGCUACUCGGAUAAGGGUGGAGCACAUGGAAAGACAACUGGCCAAUCUAACCGGACUCGUGCAGAAGGCACUGACACACGCGCCGCACACCAGUCCUUCGCCGCGAGAGUACUUGCAAGUCCCACCGGGACGUGAUCCUUACGCGAGAGCAGCAGAUGACUCGUACUUAAGGACUGACGUUAAACCGCCAAAAUUAGGCAAAGACAAGUCGGUGUCGUUUGAAAAGUCAGUGUCCUUCAGUGACGAGCCACCAGACAUGAACUCCCCCAAACAACAUUCCCCGCAACAUGCAGCGGAUACAAAACCUACGAAACCGGCAAUCAAAUCCUCCACGUUGCCGAGGAUGUCGUCGCAAGAGAGAGACAGGCACAAGCCGACACCACCGCCGAAACCGGCCGCCCUGGUGGCCGGUCAAUACGUGUACAGAGACCUAGCGCUUACACCGGAGAUGUACAACCAGCUGAGAGGUCUGCAGAAGAAGGCGAAGGACCUCAGGCAAGAAGUGAGAAAUUUGAGACGCAUGUCGCAAGCCCAGGCCCACACAGUGCGUGAAACUAUCAAGGACACGUUCAUCACGAUUAGAGCCAUGUUAUUAUCGGGAGGAGACGCAGUUUGGACGGCCGGGGACACGGAGAAGAUUCGACUGAGCCGCGAGGAAGAUCUCUACAAACAGGAAGUGAUAAGGCUGGAAAAUGAUCUCACCGAGCUUGAAAGCACCGUGGAGGAGCUUCGCGGUAACGUGAUCAAUAGAAAGACGCGUGUCAAUAUGUCGGAUGUGGAGAACAUGGCUUUGAUAUUGAGUAAAUCCAGCAAAACUGUGGCCGACCUGAAAGUACGAUUCCCGAGUUUGCAAGAAGGUAUGAAAGGUCUGCUGAGUUCCGAAAUGGAAAAAGUGGUGCGCGAGGAGAAGUUUUUGAAAGAGGAGCCCGAACGACUGGAGUCCGCAUUGAGACGUUGCAAGAAACUCACCGGCACUCUCGUGACGCUUAAACGCUUGGCGUCGGUGCAAGAGCAGCGAUUACCAAACGCAGCGAGCGUAGACGCCGAGGACACGCCGCCUAUAACACCGACGACAGCACAGCAUUCCAAGUAUGGCUGGAAGUGGAGUACUAACUUCAAGGAGGCCAUACAGACCAGUCACGACAAACUUUCAUUAAGACUCUGCUUUAAUAUAUUUGUUUUACUUGAAAAGAACGAUUAUGUUGAAGCAACUGCCCCUGUGCCAGCGGAACGCACUGUCGUGGGGUCAGCGAGCGUCCUCGGGGGAGGGGGCCACCCUCACGAGUCAUCCGCCGACCAUCAGCAGCGUCCGGAGAACGCACUCGACGCUCUGCUAGACGAGUUGCAGACCUUCUCCCGACCAAGCUCGCAGAUGGGUCACGUAUCAAGCAGCUUGUCGGUGCACCCGGGUUCGAACGUACUCCUGGCCGACAUCGGCCGCACCUCCAGCCUCCGAGAUACGCCGAGCGUCGCACUGUCGCUGGACCAGCAGGCGCAGCAACAACAGCAGCCAGGCAUGCCGGUGCUACCACAGAGCUUUCUGCCCGGACAGAAGCCGCCGGUGCCGGAACGGAACGCCGAACUGCUGCAGCUGGCGACCGCCAGAAGGGUACCGCCGCCACCGCCGCCGCGCACCAGUUCCCGAUCGCCCCUGGCAAGCCCUACCAGCCCGCAGCUGCCGCCCAGAAAUCAUCCGUGCAAUCUGCAGAGCGGCAAUGCAACCUUGCGCCGACCCUCGCGCAACAACAGUCUCGUCGGCAAGGAAGGUAAGCCACCGAUGGCUCUACCGUCGAACGCUAUCCUGUCCACCGUGGACCAAGUCGCCUCGUUGGCGCCGACCGCGCCAGGCGCCGCUGCUCCGCAUAAUUCGUCGUCCUCGCAAUCUUCCGCAGUGCUAUCGACCAGUAACUCCAGCUCCUGUGAGAGCGUCAACUCGCAGGAAGGACUACAGAGUAAGCGCGGUCGACAGGAACAACUGGAGCAACGGCAUCAGGAGCUUCUCAGGAAGCAGAAAGCUCUGCAGGAGCAGUACGCCCGGCUUCAGCAGCUGCAAAGGAACGCGGCCGGUCUUACCACCGUACCGCCGGCACCGCCUGAUCUCCUAAAGAAAACUGGUUCCGAGAGUAAUCUCCUGGCGAAGAUGGGUCUUGGCCUGAGCGCAGCAAGUUCCGGAUCCCUCACCAGCCUCAGUAUUAAGCCUCAGAUCUCGCAAGAGAUCAUGGUCGACGGUGGUAACCAAAUAGCCAAAGUCGAGAUCAUCAACGGGCAAACGAUUUCAACAACCGGGACGGCGACGACUAACGGCCAGGUUCUCGGUACCACGUCCUCAGCGAUGGCAUCGAGCACGACGACCAUCGGCUCAGCCACCACUGUUACCACUACGUCCACUACGACCACCAGCAAGGUCUACGAGACGGACAUUCUGUGACCGAGAAGCCGUUCGCUGAUCGGCUGCUCGACCGUCAAGGUUGCCACUGAAAUCGUGUUGGCGAGUUAACACGCUGGCUAGUGGGGUCACAAGACUGCUACUUGCUACCGCAUGGUCCUUGGUCUUCGGACAACAGUCUCCAGGCAGGUUGUCCGUUAAACGAGACGAGCAAGAAGAAGGGAAACACGAAACGGUAAGAGAAGAUUGGGGUUCGAGUUCGACAACAAGGAAUUGCUAGAAUUAAGAAGACCAAAUUGCCUGGCGGACAGGAACGCGAAUCGAAGAAAAGGAAGAACGGAAGGUGGAGGAAGGCUGUUUCCGGUAUCCUGAACGAUGAGGACGUCGCCGUACGCGGGCGCUUGGAGCGUCUCUUGGAAAGUAGAGUACAGCGUAGGGAUUCAGCGCGAGAGUCGCGCGUAAUAAUACCGCACUAAUCGUUAUGAUUAAAUAUAGUAUUAAUGAUUGAAAGAAAACGCGCGGCGCGAGGAAACCUUUCGAUACGCGGACGCGCGACAAAGCGUCGACGUCCAAACUAGAAAACGAGAAGAAGAAAAGAAAUAGGAACGUGACGCGAAUCUUGCAUCACAUAGCAUAUUCAAGGCGGGCAGGCGGGUUACAUCCCGGUUCUCGCGUCUUGCCAUCGAUCUCUCAAUCUUUACCCCUCCCUUCAACUUUGAUCUCGAAAACGUGCUACAUUCUCGACUUGGAUCGUAUGUACACGUCCCAAUAGAAUCCUAAAAAAUCAGAGAUAUAUGACAUAAGAAGGGUAUAAUUUGUUUAACUGCUAAAGAGUAUUAUGGUCUGAUUGGCUAUCAUAAUAAGGAACUAAAAUGGCACUGUGAUUAUGUGAUUUAUAAAGCCAAUCAGUAUCCAUAUUGGGUAUCCAUAAGGAACUAAUAUGGCAGCAGCGAACCAAUUAGAUUAAUCAACUCAAUGUCGUAUCUUUUGGAUUUUUUAGAACUCUAGUUCCAGGUAACAAGCUAAUGUUACUUGUUGUCAUUUUGACAUUAGACAUUAGAAAAAUGACGUCAGCUUGUUACUUGGAGUCCACGCAUUCGUACCUCUCGCAACGUCUGUGUGCCAAAUACUAGAACAAAAGAGGAAACGCAGUACUCGCGUACUUUUUUCUAAGGUAAUUAUACACCCGUAAUUAUCCGGCUAUUCGUUCUUUCUUCAUCGUAAUAGGGCGAGCGUAAGGUUCUACGUAGGUGAUCAUCGUAUAUAAAUAUUAUACAUAUAUACAUACGUAUUAUAUAUAUAAAUAUAUACAUACACGCGCUACGCAUGUAUGCGUGGAUGAGCAGGAGAUUUAUAUAAAUAUAUACACGUAAGUGGAGAUAUAGGUAGGUAGAUCUAAGUAUAUAAUAUAUAAAAUUGUAUAUUUCAUAUACAUGAAAUAUACAGUCGUACACAUAUAUACGCCGCAGAACGAUCUUUUUUUCGGAUGUCGACGAAGUGACACGUAUAGAAACGCGUUUUGUACACGACGACGGUCCUAAUGUGUACUGCAAAUGUUUUAUCAGAAAAAAACUUAUUAGAGCAAUUGUCUACCGUAUGUGUACAAAAAAUAUACACAGAUCCAGCCACAUUUACAUGAGUGCGUAUAAUAUGCAUAUAUAUAAUAUACAUAUAUAAUAUAUAUUAUAUAUUUAUAUUGUAUAUCUAUUUAUUAUAAACAAGAUGCGUAGCGAUAGGCGAUCGACGUUAUUCUCAUUACUGCUAAGGAAUUUACGGAUGACAUUGGCGAGAAAUACGCGAUUUAUUCAGGAGGUACGAAAGAGUACGAAGGGGCACGGUACAGUGAAAGUGAGAAGCUGACAAUACGAGAUGAUUGAUAAAAAGAUCCAGAAGGAAAGCGGUAACAAGAUGCAAGGAGCAAUUUCUUAGAUCUAACCACCAAUCUGACGAAUCGCCAUUUCUUUCCAAAUUCCUAAUUUUAUUUCUAUUUUGACAUACAGGAUCAUUGUUAAAAAAUUAUUAUAGAAUUGAAUGUUUCUCUUGUAGAAACAAAAUCAGAGAAAAAUCUAA